CGUCUCUCCCUCCGUCCUUCUGCCUGCUCUUUCCCUCUUUCUACCGCCCACUCCUUCCCAACCAUUGAUCCGACCACUCGCCGGCUUCUUCGCCUCAUUACAUCACCCCGUGCGCUUUUCUGCUUCCCCCCCCCCAACGUUGGAGAUAAACCCUAAACAUUUUUUGGACACCCCCUAUUUUGAUAGAUAUUUAAAAAAGCCCACCAUGGCGAGCACUGAGGAUAAACCAGCCAACAAGGAGAAUGCAUCCAGCUGGAAGGACUCCUUCUACAACCCGAGGACCGGCGAGGUGCUGGGUCGUACGGCCAGCAGCUGGGCCCUCAUCUUGUUGUUCUAUUUGGUCUUCUACUGUUUCCUGGCGGGCAUGUUUGCCCUGACGAUGUGGGUGAUGCUGCUCACACUGGAUGAGCAUGCACCCAGGUACAGAGACCGCGUUCCUUAUCCAGGGUUGGUGAUCCUUCCGAACUCGCUGGACAUCGCUUUCAACAGAACCGACGCUGGGAAGUAUGCAGACUAUGUGAAAAACCUGGAGGCCUUCCUGCAAAAGCAUUACAAUGACACGGAGCAGGAGAAGAAUCUAGACUGUCCUCAAGGCGAGUACUUCCUGCAGGAUGACAGUGGGGAAAUGGAAAAGAAAGUGUGCCGCUUCAAGAGGGACUACCUGAGUCUCUGCUCCGGCCUGUCUGACACCAACUUUGGCUACUCUGAGGGGAAACCAUGCGUGCUGCUAAAACUAAACAGGAUCAUCGGUCUGAAGCCUCAGGGGGAUCCUUACAUCAACUGCACUGUCAAAAAAGAAAAUCCUGUUCAGAUGCAGUACUUCCCCAGAAACGGACGCAUUGACAAGAUGUAUUUCCCUUACUACGGAAAGAAAGCCCAUGUGAACUACGUGCAGCCCCUGGUUGCCGUUAAGCUGCUGCUCACCAAGGAGGACUACAACAAGGAGCUGACAGUGGAGUGCAGGGUAGAGGGCUCCGACCUGCGCAACAACGACGAGAGGGAUAAGUUCCUGGGUCGUGUCACCUUCAGGAUCAAGGUGGUGGAGUAAAAGAGGGAAAGGCCGGUCAAAAGGAACCCCAAUGCAGAGGCUGCCCAUCUUCGCUCAAGGAAGGAAGUGUCAAAUCCCUCUCAAGACAGCAUUCGGGAUAAGGCGGAUUAGUUUUGGGCCGUAGUCGGAGAGCCGUUUACACACUGAAUGUUGCUUUGAUGACAUUAAUGACCCUUCUUUCCUUCAAGAUUCCUUGCUGACCUCUGCUAAGUUUCCGAGAGAACAAGCCACAUGCAGGCUCUGCUCCUGAUCCAUGCCCUCCACCUGUUGCACAAAUCAUAUACCGUAACCACCCCCACCCCGACACCCAACCCACCACAUUUUCGCUUUCAUUUCCACGCCAUUAGCUAACUUAUAUCCAUCGCAAGCAAGCCAUUUGGAGCAGUUGUGUUAUUGCCAACUUUUUCAUGUCUAGAUCGUCCUGCAUCACCGGGAAGAGCGUGCCGCUUUUUCCAUCCCUCAAUAAACGGCAUAUGAGCGAGAGUAUUAGCGCUGGUCUCGAGAAAGAGACAUUUUAUCAUGUUGUAUAAGUGAAAAAAAUAGCUCAUUUCCAGCACAUAUCAGGAUCAUCACAAAGACUUCAUUGGAACAUAUGCUGAUAAUCAAGUAUAGCCACCGUAUCCCUAUGUAUAUGAAACGUCAAUGACAAAGUCCCUUUCUACAUAUAAAUACAUAGUGAUCCUUACCAUAUUUAGGGAAUAAUAGAUAGAUCUUUGUGUUGUGGCCCACGUCGCCACAACUCAGUCUUGUGAUGUCUGUCUGUCUGCAUGUCUGUCUGUCUUUGUCUGUCUGCCCGUUGUCUGUCUGCCCGUUGUCCUGUGUACUCACCUCUCCAUUGCAAUAGCCAACAUGUGGGUGAGCCCCCCCAAGAUUAGAUGAGCCGUCUCCCUGCGGCAUAUCGAUGCAAGCUGAGGAGACACACACAUACAGACACACACAAAGUAUACUGUAAAUUGCUUCUAAGGCAGAGAGGCGCUGGGGGGGGGGGGAGCAUUGCAAACAUCCACUGUAAGUAUGUACUGUAUAUCUCUAUGUGAUCUGUAUAUCUAUCCGGGUCUCAAAAGAUUGUUAGUUUUCUCUCUUCUUCAGCCUGUCAAUCUGAUUGUCUGCCAAUCUAUUACUCUUCAAUGUAUAUAUAUAUAAACACAAUCAAUCAUAUUUACUUAAUUCACACUGUAUUUUUGUCACACACAAAAAAAACACAAUAUCUGUGGACUGUAAAGAAAUAAUUUAAACAGAAGAUUUACAGGAAAUGAUCUUAUUCAAAGCUAUGUUUACACAGUCUUUAAGGAACCCACAUUUGAAAGAACUUGUAACAUCUCUUCAGGGUGCCUUAAGACCCGAUGAAAUAAAUUGUGGAAUAAAAGUGAUUUUGAAGAA